UUUUGGCUUAUCUGUGCUCCAAUUCCGGCAAGAACGUCAACUCUAAAUUUGUACGAAAUUAAAUUUGCUGACUAAAAUCUUCUAGCGCACUAAACGACCUAAUAUUAUUGUUUGAAUAUUAUUUAUCUUAAGUAGUUUUGUUUUAAUUCAACAUGCCACGUGGUAAAUACACCAAUCAUAAGGGCCGCAACCGCAAGUUCACCAGCCCCGAGGAGUUGGAAGAACAACGAAAGCAGGAGGAGUUGAAACAAAAAUGGAGAAAGGAGCACGGUGGAGAUGACGAGAGCUCCAGUGAGGCAGAAUCGGGAGAUAACAAAUCUGGCUCAGGCAGCAGUGACGAAAGUGACUCAGAUGAAGAUCACCCAACAAAAGCAAAGGGAGUCUCUGGUUUAAUUGAAGUAGAAAAUCCCAACAGAGUGGUAAAGAAGAACAAGAAAUUGGCCAGCUUGAAUACCUCACUAGGAGAAGGAGAGAAACCUCAGUUAUCUAGACGCGAGCGCGAGGAGGUGGAGCGCGCGCGCGCGGCGGCGGCGUACCAGAAGGCGCACGCGGAGGGCAAGACCGAGCAGGCGCGCGCCGACCUGGCGCGCCUCGCCAUCAUCCGCCAGCAGCGCGAGGAGGCCGCCAAGAAGCGCGAGGCCGACAAGAAGGCCAAGGACGAGGGGCCCAAGAAGAGGUAGACAAGCAAACUCCAAGUAGGUCGCACAUCUAACAUCUUUUGCAAUUAUACAUGCUCAUAAUAUCAAACUCGGCACCUUUCAAUCUUGGUUUCCUGCAGUCCUGUGAUGAUUGCAUGAAUUGUGUUAUGAAGACAACUUAUCGUUAUUUAAAAAAAAUGCUUUAUCUUGUCUUUGUAAUUGUGAUAAACGCGAUUAUGCCCCCUGAAGUCGGAAAGAGGUAAAAUAUCCCAUGAGCAUCCGGUAAGGGAGUCACCACACUCGUCGACUUAACACAGCCCACCAAAUUGGCCCCGUAGACAACAUGCCAAUCGCUAACGCUCCGUAGCGAACGAAACGCAACUGUCACUGUCACACUAAUAUGGAAGAGUGAUAGACACAACAAGGCUUCAACAAGCUUCGACGGCGAAGCGCAAAUGAUCGUCUCCUUGGCCACCUGAUCUGUUGUGAUCACCCAUCGCACCAGCGCUGAUGAGCAUGUUUUCUUUGCCCGCGAGGCAUUCUACUUUUGGUAAACCUCGCUGGCAGUGUGAAACUUUUUAUUUACAAGGGUUCUAGAUUAUCUACAUCUUUAUAUACAAUUGAACCAUACAAUUCAUAUUAGAGAAUGAAAAGUCGCUUUUUCGGCGCUGGUCGGACAGGUGCCAUGCCACUUGUAUUUUUUUUGUAGUGGGGAAACAGUAAACUGUUUAAUUAAAUGAAAUAAAUAUAUUGCUGUUUCAUUCUGUUAUAAAAAAAUCUGCGUCCUUACUUACGUUACUAAAAAAUAUUCAUAUGUAGCGCAUAAUUAUUUUCUAUCGUAUUUUCACGUAAACGUACGAACGUGUCUUGCUAUUUCAGUCAGUCUCUGUACAAAAAUUACUGAGGUUGACAGAAGUGGUAUGACAAAUACGAACGUUUCCGAGACGAUACGAUGGAAAACAAUUAUGCACCACAACUGUACUGUAGACGAGGGUAAAGUGCACUACAUUUAAUCCAAACGGCUUCAAUCGCGUUUAUAAAACAUCCGACAAGUCGUUGAUAUUAAGCUGAUUCGACGUCUAAAAAGUGUGUUGACUCCCUUAUGUGACGUAAAUAAUUGUCUAAUGAUACUUAUCAUGCAUAAUAUACAUUAUAUUUAUUGACCCGGUUUGAUUAUGUGAGACUGUCGUAGCUAUAGUUCCAGUAAAGUUUUUUUUAUGUAUAAAUUUCCCAUUUCCAUUGUACUUCCAUUUGAAUUUACCACUAUAUAACAGGUAUAAAAGCAAUAAUUUAGAUUUAUAUAACCCACAUUCUCAAUAUUUGUUGUGCUUAUAGAAAUCUCGUUUCGGUGUACAGAUGUACGAGUAGUGCAUAAUUAUUUUCCAUCGUAUUUUCACGGAAACUUACGAACGUGUCUUGCUAUUUCAGUCAGUCUCGGUACAAAAAGUGCUGACAUUGACUGAACUAGCAUGACAAAUACGAACGUUUCCGAGAAAAUACGAUGGAAACAAUUAUACUCUACAAAAAUAUAAAAGUAACGUUUAAAAUAUUUGUUCAUGGACAUAGGUUCUUUUGCACAUUGCCUUUUUGCUACUGAUAUAUAAAAUAAUCAAUUGUGUAACAGGCACUGCCAAUCUCAAGCGAGUGACCAAUAGUAAUAAGGUUUUGCAAUCUGCUGAUAUAUAUGUCUUAAGAUUCUGUGAGGUCUGUGCGUCCAUAAUACUUUUAACGAUAUGUUUUGCCAGCAAAUGGGAGAGUAUUAAGUUUUGUACGUCUAUUGUAUUGUAAAAUUGUGUCGAGUCAGGUCUUAACAUUCACCAUAUUUGGAAUAAUUGAAUAUUACUUUGGUUCUGGACUUGAUGUAUUUUUUGUUUAUUUGAUUAAGAGUGCACUAGCCUAAUGCAUUAUCAACCAUUUUGUAACACAAAUCUCGACUUAAAUACUCUUCGUUUGUGGUUUAAAUCACUGUCACUUAAUAAUUUACUCUCCGCACUUUUAUCUCAAAUAACUAUAUCUGUGUUACUGCGACAUUUGAGUUUUGAAAACGUAUUAUUUUUUUAUCUGCCUAUACACAGAAAGGGUAUACACAGAAAGACAAAAAAAGUGUUCGUUCUGUACCCGAAAAUCAAACCACCGGCUUUUUUUUGGCUUACAUCGCCCGUCAUCGGUCCUGGUCCUGACGCAGUUUUCGGAAGUAUUUAAAUUGCGGACAUUUGUAUGAAUAACGUUCUUAAACUGUCGGAAACAAAAAACACAAAAAAUACAAUCUGUGUAUGACCAGCCUGCCUACUCUAUUGAAUCUAGUGAUUUCUUUAACUUAUUUUUGACCUGUCCAUAAAAACGUACAUUUGUGUAUUGUCUAGUUGUUAUUUUCAGUUUGCAUGAUGAGAACAGACUUAUUUGUUAUUAUAAGUGUACCUAUAGCUUUAGAAAUUUGAUGUCGCAACAAUAAAAUUAUGAAGUUCGUUUACAACAGGUCUUUUAAAAUACUUACGAAUUUAUUUGCACUCUUUUGACUUAUUUUUCUGAAACUUAUUUUAGACUGCAUAUAAUGAACUUCCUUUUAAAAUUAUACAUCGGAAGACCGUUCCCAACUGUACAAUAUGUUAUGGUAAGUACUGAUUUCAUGUCAUUAAUUAAUGAAUUUUGCAAUUUUUAAUAUGAAUUAUGUAUAAUUACAUUUUAUUGUUGAUUCUAACAUUCAUAUAGUUUGUGUACUCUUUCAUACAAUUAUUAUAAAAUUAAGGUGUUACGAUAUUGAAUAGAUAUUGUGUACAUUGAGGGUACGUUAUAUUUAUCUAUAUUUACAAAUCCACCAGAUAGUACUAUGUAUGAAAUUGCUUAGGUCUAAUUUAUUAGAUAGUCUUACUAGACAAUUUUAUAUGCGAAUGUGUAUAUCUAUACAAUAAAUUGAAAAUUAUGAAUGUA